GAAAGAGUGAGCGAAAGGUAUGAGUGUAUGAAGUGUUUGAUGCCAUUAAUGGCUCAAUAGAUCCGAUACUAUAGACAACGCCUUUCUCUUCAAUCGAUGUUUACUUGAAAUUAAGUUUAGUUUUAGAGAAGAAAUCUUUGAUUGGACACACAAUUGGUCCACAUUUUGGUCAUUCUGUGUGUCUUGUGUUGUGAUCACUGAAACCAAUAGCAGCUAAAAGUGUGUCAUUUUCUACACAAUAAGAUGUCAUCGAAUGGUUCAUAUCAUGCAAGCCAUCAUCACCUCAAUAGUUCUCACUGUAUAUCGAAAUGUCUUCCAACGAAAGCCAACAUAAAUGCCAAACAUCUUCAUGUGUUAACCAAAGUCUUCACUCUUUUCACGUAUAUCUCACUUCUGGUCACUUGUAUUGAGUCACUUCAGAUUCCGGAUCAGCAGACAGUUGUCGGCAAACUAUUUCACCAUAAGAUCCAAUUGUCGGCCACACAUGACUUGAAGAGCAUUAAUGUGAGUCUAGCCGGCGAUGGACUAACACUUCCCGAUUGGCUGUACUUCAAGCGCGACUCAUACGAGUUGAUUGGCAUUCCCUUCGAGAAGGGGUUGUUCUUCAUUGAAGUCGACCUGAAAUUCUACGGCAGACAGCAGUUGAAUGACAUAUUCGCCAUCGAUGUGAGCGAUGGCUCUUCACAGGCAGCCAACCAUUUACCACAAUAUCGCUGUGUUUUACGAAUUAAGCAAACAUUUGAAAGCAUAUCCGAUGUCUGGCAUCUCAUUAGUUCCUUAAUCCCCAACACUUUGAUAAGUAAUCAAAAAUCUCAAGCAUUCGUUGAUUGGUUACAAAGGUUUUCGGUGACACGCAAUGCUAACAAACAGUAUCUAAUCACUUAUGACAUCGAAAACUGUGACACAAACAACGCAAACAAAUACUCUGAAGACCACUACCGGUCCGAUGAGAUUCACCUCAAGCUUAAGAACAUGGGCUUUGAAUCAGAUGUGGUUGAGAUCACACGAAAACAAUUGGAUGAAAACGAACUCUUCAACGAUAUGAUGGAUGUAUCGCAUCAUCGAACCGAUGAACGCACCUCUCAUUACAAGAGGAAUGUGGCCAAUGGUAUACAUCCCACUCCCAUCUUAGCGCCAGAUUGGAUGACAUUAACCACAUCAACGAUCAUACCAUCGAUUGAUAACAGAGGAGAGCCCUCACAUCAGGACCCGCUCUCCAGAGUUCUCAUCCCUUCGAUGACAUCUCCAACGGUAGCGAUGAGUUCGGCGACAGUUUCCCUACCGGUUGGCGAUCCCAUUGAGAACUCGAUCCUCGGCGGACACGAUCACAGACACCAUCACUUGAAACCAAACAAAUUCCAGACGCCAUUCAUUUACACGACUCCUGUGUUGGCCCCCGAAAGACCGACACUAGUCGAGGGUCGCGAAGACUUAUUCACUCCGAUUCCAAUCACACAAACUCUUCAGUCACCACACCUACAGUCGGACACAAUACUGAUAGCUCCGAGUCCUUCAAUGGCUCCCGAAAUAACUUCAUCUCAAAUAGAGAUGACAACUGAAAAGGAAAAGCCGACCACAAGUGCGGCCGAAAUCCCGAGCCCUCCCUCUUCUGUUCCCAACAAAACUCCUUAUAUUAACAAAAGGAUACGAAAACUGGAACUCAUUUCUGGGAAAUACUGGAAAUAUACGAUUCCUUCGGAAACAUUUGUGGACUUCGAAGACGGAGACACUCGCAAACUUAAGCUCACUUUCCUUAUGUCUACGUCCGGCUCAACGCAAGAGCAGCCAUCGUCCGACUUCUGGAUCCAAUUCGAUCACGAGAACCAAUAUCUCUACGCUUUGCCCACCGAUGAGGACAUUGGCAAACAUUUAUUCAAUUUAGUGGCCGUCGACUCGAGUGGCGCUCACGUGACUGAAACACUCGAAGUCCAUGUGCGCCAACAUAAGAACACCCGUGCCUUCACUCAUAUCUUCACGCUUUCCAACGUUGUUUGGGAUCACUUCCAGUUCGCGUGUCUUAUUGACGCCACUUCUUCCCUCUUAAGGCGCGUCACCACAAGACUCUACUCUGAUUCCAACAUUCAGACCAUCGCUGUUCAGAAGAUCAUCAAAAACGAUAGGGAGAACUCAUGGACCAUUUCGUGGACAAACGACACGCUUCCCACCCAUCCCUGUCCACGAGAAGUGAUACAAAGCUUAUACGCGAGACUUCAUGACUCGCACAAAGUGUACGACGACUCCUCUGCAGAACCGAGUCGUUUGUUGCGGCAAAUCAUUGCUCCUGAAUAUCAGGUCCAAAAAGUUCACUUGAAUUUCAUAACAAAGAGCGCCUGCGGUUCGUAUGAAAUACCAGACAUUGACGACAAGAAACCCAAAGAGUUUCCGAUAUUCCGAAACCGUAUCGGAAAACUCGGUCCUUUCAGACUCGGAGAGGCGUUUAAAUACAAGAUUCCUGAGGACACUGUGUUCUCUCCGGCCCGACAGGUGGGCACUCGAGACCUGUCCCUUACGUGCGAAGCUAUAGAACCGCCAGAAAUGCCGGCGUUUAUGUACUUUGAUUCCGAUGAACAGGAAUUGUAUGGCUUAGCUCUGGUCCAAAAAUGGGUCAAUUCUUAUGAACUCAAACUUAUAGCUGAGGACACCAUUAGUGGCGGAUCUGUUUCCGACAUCUUUUCCGUCGAAGUCAAUGAUGAGUUGACGGAUCAGUCGAAACAACCCAUGUUUGAGAUAAUAAUCAACUUAAUGGCGCCUCAAGUCAAGGAAGAUCUCACUGUCAAAGAACAGGUGGCUAUCGUCCACCGCAUCUCUUCGGGAAUGUUCAGCGACGGUGACGCCAGUGCUGUCCAUAUCUUAAGUGUCAAAAAGUUUCAAUACGACGGACUGUCGCAGGCAUACGCCGACGAUAAUAAUAAUUAUGUCGAAUCGGAUCCAUUGGAUGAGAAUGUGGACGAAAAGCACAGAAACCACAGACACGGCAAAGGACACGACUCGUUGCCCAAAACGCGCCACACGAGAGACACCAACUCUGUCUACUACUUCGAGUACAAGUGGACCAAUCGGACGAUUGUUGGACACGAGAACUGUCCUAAAGAUCUCAUAACUGAUAACAUUUUGAAACGUAUUUUCCAAAGAGAUUACGACAGCCUUAAAGCUCUUAAAGAAGUAUUUGAACCAAAUUAUGACUUAAUUAACGUGGAGUUCCAGCCGAUAGGUGUUUGUAAAGGCAAACUCAAUGCCAAAGUGAUGGGCCACAGACCCAUUCCCAUGACGAGCCCGCCCUCCACUGAAUGGACGCCAACCAAACCCACGGUGAAAGAGGACGAAGAGGUGGGCAAUGCCAUAGACAUCGAUGAAUCCAAUGAGUUCUUGUUGACAACUAUCAUACCUCCGGUCGCUAUACUCAUUGCAUUGAUAUUCGCGGCAAUAGUCGGCUGUUGUUUCCAUAGGGCUAACAAACGCAGGAAAAGCGUUGAGAUCUCUUCACGACUGCCCACUGACUCCGGACUCAAUGAAAGGGAAGCCUUCUUACAGAAGGGAAGGAUUCCCAUAAUCUUCGAGUUCGAACAGCAACAGCAUCAACAACAUGUCUCUCAACAACAGCCCCAACAGUAUAAUAUGACGCCCGUUAUUAUGCCGCCCCCUCAACAACAGUCCCAACAUAUUCCUCCACAACAAGUACAGAUGACACCCUUACGACAGCUAAGCAGUAGUGGUUCCAAAAUGACAUAUCAAGCACUUCCUCCGGGUUCGGGCCCUCAGACGCGUCGCCAACCGCCCCCUUAUUAUAAAUAA